UUUGGUAAGUGUAUUUAUUUGUUUUUGUGUCAUUGACUUUUCCUCAAUCUAUAUGUAUCCUAUUUUUCUUGACUUGGUAUUUUACUGCUGUGUUCCCAAGCUUCUUGAGAUCAUACUUUGAUCAUUUUUCUUUCUUUUUAUUUAUUUAAAAGAAAUAAUAAUCGUAAUUUCUAAUCAACUUGUUACAAUAGUUGACAAAUUUUAUUGUAUUAGUAAUGCUUACGAUAAUGGAACAUGCUUAUUACUCCAACUAUUUUUGUAUAUAUUGCAGUUUAAUUUUUUAAAUUCGUUAAUAAUAAUAAGGUUACUAUUUGGUUCAUUCGCGAUUUUUUUGUUAUUCAUUCCUACCAAAAAACUUAAUAAUAAUAAAAAUGAAGUGCGUAUUUAGCUUAUUAGUUAAUUACAUUAUGUUUAUCUUUAACGUAAUCUACAUGUUGGGCGGGUCAUCAAUGAUAAUUUUCGGUGUAAUUGCAAAAAAAGAUAUCCCAGAAACUAUGAAAUCGAUGCCGGAAGUGAGUGAAGAUUUCAUUUCAAACACAUCAAACGUGAUAAUAGUCCUUGGAUCAUUAAUUUCUAUUAUAGCGUUUUUCGGGUGUUGGGGAGCUAUAAAAGAAAAUACGCUUUUCCUUAAGACCUAUGCGAUUAUCUUGUUGAGUAUCUUCGUAAGUCAAAUUGUACUAACCACUGUGAUUCUUGGAAAUAACAUUUUCGAUACAAGUAAUGGAAAAGAUAUAUUUAUACUUAGCGAUACCGUUUUCAUAAGUCUCGCAGUCGUGGAGCUGCUGGGAGCAAUUUUUGCUUUUUAUCUUUCAAAUUCAAUCAGGAAGAAUCGCCUAAGGAGAGGUUUCGUUUAAAAAGCACAAAUUGUAACAACGAACCGAAUCGCACACAGUGUGAUUACAAGAGUCAAUAGAUCAUAAAAUAUUAUUUUAUUAAUUGUUUUAAAAGCUCUUUACAAAUACAGUUUAUCCAUAAAAAUU